AUGGCGCCCAGAAUUAGGUCGUUUUACAAAACCGUCAUUCUUAGUAAUAAUGGCGGUUCAAAUCGCCUUUUUCUUAAUGUUUAUUUUAACGUCCGUCUCUGCGAUUUGCCAGCGUCCUGGAGCCCCUUCUCUCACUGCCCGAUCCUCGGUGGUUCCUCUCUCACCCUCACUCCAGUCAUCCCGCUGCAGUUGGAAAAGAUGCCCCGGGUAGGUCGUUUCAUGAAAAAAGACUGUGUAGACACAGCAUGUCAGCAGCCUCAAGUGGGAGGUCAUGCGGCUUCAACUUCGCAGAGAGCGGACUGCCCAAUUGCGCCGUCCAGUGGCAGUAGUGUCCCCACAUCCUCGUCUUUACGCCCCUUUCGUUCGCCCCGAACCGAACCACUACCUGCUCCACAGGCUUCCAUGAAUGAUGUUCAAAACUCGGAGCCGGACGCCAAAGAGGUAGACCCAGAGGCAGAUGAGGUAGAUUCUUUUGACCAACAUGUUGAUAACUUUUUAGCUGGGUCGGAUGCUCAGAAGCGCAAGGGACGCAAGACCACAGAAUUUUGGGAUGUUAAAACAAUUGGUAUAAGAGAACUUAUUUAAUUCUACUUUUCAUUGCCCUAUUUUUCUAUGAUGUAUUCGCAGCUUGACUCCAAUGGUAGCUAACUAAGAAUUAAUAUGUUUUACAGAAUCCGAUGGCACAAUCAAACAGGUUAAACUGAGUAUGAAGGAAGCUAUGAAGCCACCUAAUGGAAGAAAGGUCGUACUCAGGUUUAACAGUGCACUGCAACCAGUUGGGGAUGAAGCAGGUCUACUGAGCGGCGUUAUGGGACUGCUAGGAUCUGACUACACCAAAUUCCCAAUCUGCGAGAGGGACUGGAGAAAGGUUCGCACCAGAGACAAUGUCUAUAAUGA